AAAUUAGAAGGUUGAGUGGUCUAGGGCCCAAGUAGCUUAACCCAACCAACCCCUCACAGGUUGAAGGGAGGGACCAGCCAAGCCAAGGGAAAGGAAAGGGAUAGACAUCAUUCAUACACUCAACGAACGCUCAGCUCAGUCCGGUGCCGCCGGCAUUCCUCUUUCACGGACUCAUGGAAAACGACGACGUCGACAUGCACGCUGCCGACACCAACGAGGAAUUGGAUGACAUGAAGAAGCGCUUGAAGGAGAUGGAAGAUGAAGCUGCUGCUUUGCGAGAGAUGCAGGCCAAGGUCGAGAAGGAAAUGGGAUCCGUGCAAGAUCCUGCAAAUGCUUCUGCGAGUCAGGCCAAUAAAGAGGAAAUAGAUUCUCGAUCAGUCUUUGUAGGCAAUGUGGACUAUUCAUGCACUCCUGAGGAAGUGCAACAGCAUUUUCAGUCUUGUGGAACAGUAAACAGAAUCACCAUUCGAACUGAUAAGUUUGGCCAACCCAAGGGUUAUGCGUAUGUUGAGUUCCUUGAGGUGGAGGCUGUUCAGGAGGCCCUUUUGCUGAAUGAAUCUGAACUUCAUGGGCGCCAAUUAAAGGUAACGGCUAAAAGGACCAACAUACCAGGGAUGAAACAGUAUCGUCCCCGACGGUCCACCAAUCCUUACAUGGGGGGGUUGCGAGGCAGAACCCCAUAUGCAGCUCCUUUUAUCUACUCUCCAUAUGGAUAUGGAAAGGUUCCAAGGUUCAGAAUGGCAAUGCGCCACAGCCCCUACUAUUGACAGUCCAAUUCUGGUAGGAUGGACUGAAUGACACCUUUCUCCCCCCUAGUAGUAAGUAUAUCAUGGUCGGAGUUGCGACCAUUGAAUAUGAGGGAGGGAAAAUCCAACCAGUUCUGUGAGGAUUAAGCAUUGACUUAUCAGCAAACCUUGUAAAAUUGUGGUGUUUGCCCCUGCUUUGCUUAAGUAUCGGUAUAUUAAAUUAAGUUGUACAAGUAUCCUUCGUAAGUGUGGUUAAUACAUGGGUUUUGGUUUUAUCUAUUUUUUGUUAUUCUUGCUCA